AUGUUUCUUGUACUUAAUGAACUCAAGAAUGUAGGUGAAGAUAGACUCGCAAACUUCAACGCUUUGAAAUCAAUUAUAACGGAUAAUGAGAUUAGAAUUAAUGAAAAGAAUCAACCCAGAAGAACUGCUCAGAAUGUUGCAAACUUCAUUUUCGUAACUAACAACGUCUACCCUGUCAAAAUUGAAGUUGGAGACAGAAGAUACGUAGUUUUAAGAGUUAAUGGUAAAUUCAAGGGUCAAUUUGAUUACUUCAAGAAUUUGAUGGAUUCAUGCACAAAGGAAUUUUAUGAUAAUUUACUGACGUAUUUUAUCAAUUACGACCUUUCAUCAUUUAAUGUACGAAUCAUACCGAUGACUGAAGCCAAACAAGAUUUAAUUGAAUUAUCAUCAAAUCCUUUAGAUGUAUGGAUAAAUACACAUUAUGAUGAAUUGUGUGCAGGUAUGACGUGUGAAAAUGCUCUAUUCUGCAAACCAUCAGACAUGAAAGACAAAAACUUUCAAAUGAGUAUUAAGGAUAAAUGUGAUAGGAAACAUAGAAGAAUAGACGGUAAACAAACAUGGUGUUAUGUUUUGAAAGAAGAAAUGAAAGGAUUAUAUAAACAGGUUGAACCAAACGAUAAUGAGGAUUCAUUUACUGACGAUGAAAUACCUGUAAAUGAGCCGCUAACGGACUCUUUGAGUCCUGAAGGUCUUUCAGACCGAAGCGGCGAGACCUGA